AUGGCGCCACCACUUGCUACUGACGCUAAGCGCCUCCGCACCAUGGUUAUCGCGCUGCCUGUGCUUAUUGUCACGUCCGCCAUCUUGUACAGGCGAACGUUUAUGGGCGAGAAGCAGCGACUCCUCCCCCGCCCCAAUGAUGUCCUCGACCAGCAGCGGAACGAGGACAGCUUCCUACAUGGCCGCACCUCGAUGGGUGGUGCUCCGUGGAUCCGGCCGGGUAGCGACCAGCAGCCGAGGUGA